AUAUAUCGACUUGGGCAACACUGGCGCGGCGAGACCCAUUGUGCAUUUUUUCUAAAUUAAAAUGGCAUUUACAAUUCCAAAAUUUGUUUAUUAAAGUGCAUUACGUUCAUUUAAAUUCCGUGCAGCUAUGCUGCUAAUCAAAUAAUAAACAAAAAUAAUAUUUUCGAAGCUACAACGUUGCAGCUUUUCUGCUUGAAAAACUAUGCGCGUGUGCCUGUGUAAGUGUAUAUGUGUGUGAGUGAAAUUCCAACAAUGCGCAGGGAGCGAGCGAGCUGAAAUUUCUUUAUGCAAAGCGUACGCAACACAAAAAGAAGAAGCAACGUAUUAAAGCAACACAAAAGCGAGAGAAAAUUACUUGCAUGUGUGUCUAAAUAAAAACUUAAGCAGACGGUCUAAAGUUCACGACAUAUCAUAGAACUGAUUGGCAUGCCGUAGCUGCAGCAGAAGAAGCAGCAAAAGCAGCGCUUUAAAUGGAUCCAUAUCAUCAUAUCAGACAUCAUUAUCCACCCAAUAGCACAGCCAGCUCAACGGUGGUUGGCAGCAACAACAACAACAGCAGCAGCGGCAACACAAACGCAAUCAAUCGACCAGAAUUGCAUCAAAAAUGCAACCGGGGAUCGCAUUCAAGUGACACGAGUUCAGCGUACAGUGGCAGCGAUACAAUGGCCUCUGUAUACGGUUCAUCGCUGGAGGCGGAGGAGAUCGAUCUCUCCGGCCUCGUCGAGUCUGUGGUCGACUCCGAUGAGGAGGAUCUCGCCGAAAGCAUGGAUAGUCUCAAUGUGCGUGAUGCAGUGCGCGAUUGCCUGGAAAAGGAUCCGUCGGAGCGCAGCGAGGACGAUGUGGAAAUACUGCUGGAGUUCACACAGGGCCUGAAGGCGUUCACAAACAUAACGCUCGCUGUGAGACGCGCUCUCUGCUCCGUGAUGGUCUUCGCUGUAGUGGACAAGGCGGGCACAGUGGUCAUGUCCGAUGGCGAGGAGUUGGACUCGUGGUCGGUGCUGAUCAAUGGCGCUGUGGAGAUCGAGCAUGCGAAUGGCACACGCGAGGAGUUGCAGAUGGGCGAUUCCUUUGGAAUACUGCCCACCAUGGAUAAAUUGUAUCAUCGUGGCGUGAUGCGUACCAAAUGCGAUGAUUGUCAAUUUGUGUGCAUCACCCAAACCGAUUACUAUCGCAUACAGCAUCAAGGUGAGGAGAAUACCCGCAGGCAUGAGGAUGACAAUGGACGCGUUGUUAUGGUUACCGAGCUGCGAUCCAUUGGCGGCAGUGGGGCGGAGAGUGCAACCACAACGGGCAGUGGAUCAGCAGCCACUGCGAAUCUGAAUACAAAGCGAGGUCAUGUGGUUAUUAGAGGCACCCCGGAGCGACUGCUUCAGCAGCUGGUUGAGGAGAACUCCAUGACGGAUCCCACAUAUGUUGAAGAUUUUCUGCUUACCCAUCGCAUUUUCAUCCACAAUCCCCAAGAGGUGACCUGCAAACUGUUGCAUUGGUUCGACCUGGAACAGCUGGACCCACACAAGACGCAAGAGCUGCGGGAUCGUGUCACACGAGUCGUCCUGCUCUGGGUAAAUAAUCAUUUCACCGACUUUGAGGCGGAUCACGAAAUGAUGGAGUUCCUGGAGAUCUUUGAGGCUGGCCUGGAGCGUAAGAAGCUGCUCAGUCAGCUCCGUCUGCUGCACAUUGCGUGUGCCGCCAAAGCGCGAAUGCGCAGUUGCAUCUUAACGCGUUCCUCACGCGAUGAACCGCUCAACUUUCAAAUCAUUGGCGGUUACGAGCUGCGCGGCGUUGCCGCUGCCACUGGGAAUGCCUCUGUGGGCAUAUAUAUAUCGCAUGUGGAGGCGGGAUCAAAGGCACAGGAUGUGGGCCUAAAACGUGGCGAUCAAAUCCAUGAAGUGAACGGCCAAUCGCUGGACCAUGUGACCAGCAAACGGGCGCUGGAGCUGCUCACGGGCACCACACAUCUGAGCAUACAGGUGAAGAGCAAUCUGUUGGGUUUCAAGGAGAUUAUGCAGGCACUGGAGCAUGGCAGUGGCAAUAAUGCAACUGGCGGGGGCAUCUCCACCUCAGGCGCUGGGAGCUUUAAAAGCUUACGCAGUCCACGGCGCAUCUGCGCCAAUGAUAUUGCCAAGCUACAUGGGCGUAGCGACAGCACCACCGAGGAGUUAACAAAUCGUGCCCAUAUGGUCCGGCUCAGCUCGGUAGACAUGUUGCUCGACCAACCGGACUGUGCUCCGCCCCAGACGCCGCCUGUGAGCGGAGGUGGUGGAGGCAACAUGGCAUCAAAUUUCAUGCAACACUUGCUGCAAAGCGUCAACUCGAAUUCGGCCAAGAAGUGCAGCGCUGAGGAUACCAAACCAGGAGGCUUUAUGACGCUUGCUCCUAAGCGGCGUCUGCAAAAGGCUUUGGCCAAAAUGAACCUACUCAAUAAGCAACAACAACAGCCGCAUGUGGGCAGUCUCAAUGACAGCUCCGACACGCUCUUGAAUGAGCCGCAGUCCAAAGCGAAGCUAUCCGCCGCCAGCUCCGGAAGCAGCAGCUGCAAUUCCACAACAAAUGGCAACUGCAACACGGGUCGUUUAUAUCAAUCGCAAUCGAAUCCAGAUCUGAGCAGUCUCAACUAUGACAACAGCAGCGAACCAAGUGCCACACUUCAGGUCAACUAUUUGCAGGCUCAUUUGCAUCGACCCUCAGCCGCCAGCACGCUGACCAGCAGCUCCAUGCUGCCUCCUGAUUAUCCGGAGCAUGUGCUCAAGGUGUACAAAUCGGAUCAGACGUGCAAAUACGUGCUCAUCUAUAAGGAGACCACGGCACACGAGGUUGUCAUGUUGACACUGCAGGAAUUUGGCAUUCACGAUCCCAGCUCAAACUUCUCGCUAUGUGAGGUCAGUGUGGGCGAGGGGGGCAUGGUCAAGCAGCGUCGUCUGCCCGAUCAGCUGCAGAAUCUGGCGGAAAGGAUUAGCUUUGCUGCACGAUAUUAUCUCAAGCUCAACGACAGCACUGAGCCUCUGGUGCCGGAUGAGUUGGCGCUGGAAUUGGUGCGUGAAUCUGGUGUGCACUUCCUGCAGUUGAAUGCCUACGAGCUGGCCAUACAAUUGACGCUGCAGGACUUUGCCAACUUCCGGCAAAUCGAGUCCACGGAGUACAUUGAUGAGCUCUUUGAACUGCAGUCCAAAUACGGUGUUCCCAUGCUCAGUAAGUUCUCGGAGCUGGUGAAUCGUGAAAUGUUUUGGGUGGUCAGCGAAAUCUGUGCCGAGCACAACAUCGUGCGACGCAUGAAGAUCGUGAAACAGUUCAUUAAGAUUGCACGACACUGCAAGGAAUGCAGGAAUUUUAAUUCCAUGUUUGCCAUCAUUUCGGGUUUGGGACACGGUGCCGUCUCCCGACUGCGUCUCACCUGGGAGAAGUUGCCCUCGAAGUAUCAGCGUCUCUUCAAUGAUCUGCAGGACCUAAUGGAUCCAUCGCGCAACAUGUCCAAGUACAGGCAACUGGUGUCAGCCGAGUUGCUUGCCCAACAUCCCAUCAUACCAUUUUAUCCGAUUGUGAAGAAGGAUUUGACAUUCAUCCAUCUUGGCAACGAUACACGCGUCGAUGGUCUGAUUAACUUUGAGAAACUACGCAUGCUGUCAAAAGAGGUGCGUCUGUUGACGCACAUGUGCAGUUCCCCCUACGAUCUGCUGGCCAUACUCGAGCUGAAGGGUCAAACGCCCUCGAAUGCGCUCUUCUCCCUCAAUCAAAUGUCCGCGUCGCAAAGUAACGCGGCGGCGGGAACUGUCAUUGCGGCGAACGCUGGACAGGCUACGAUCAAGAGACGCAAGAAGUCAACGGCGGCGCCGAAUCCCAAGAAAAUGUUUGAGGAGGCACAAAUGGUGCGUCGCGUCAAGGCAUAUCUCAAUAGUCUCAAAAUACUCAGCGAUGAGGAUCUGCUCCACAAGCUGUCGCUCGAGUGUGAGCCUCCACAUGGAUCCACCUACUCGGGCAGCAUUUCACAUGGCAAUACCUCGCAUCGGAGCGCAGGAAGUGGCAGCAUUGGCGCUGGCGGCACUGGAACUGGUAGCAUCAAUGCUGGCGGGGAUCAGCUUAGCAUUUAUUCGCACACCAGCUCCAGCUCGGCUCCCAAUUCAUCGCUGUCGCUGCGCAAGCGACAUCCCAGCUCACCGACACUCUCUACCACCAGCUCGACCAGCUCCACCAGCGAUCAUCAGCGUCGCCAGCAGUUGCACAAUAAUGGACCCAAAUUUGGCACUGCCUCCCCGCAGGCUGUAAAGAAGAUGCUCUCCUUGUCGGAAUCCUCAAAGAUUCGGCCGCAUCAACCAUUUGUGCCCCGCCACAAUUCGGCUCUGCCGGGCGUUAUUCCGCCCCUGCAUCAUCUUCAUGCCGCACAUGGCUUUAGCACACCCGCCUCUGGAGGCGUGGCCGUUGCUGCCGUCUCUGUAGGCGUCGUCAAUGCACAGUGUACUCCCAGUCCCAGUCCAUGUGCACAUCGACGCUUGGCAUCUGGAGGCAACAUUAUGCCCGCUCGGGCGAUACACGAGCGGUCCCAUUCGGACACGCCCGCCCCUCCACCGCCGCUGCCUUCGGUGGAUCUAUCGCUGGAGAGCAGCAGUGUGACGACAUUUCGUGACUUACCGCUGCGCAAAUCCGUGACUUCCGGUUCGGUUUCAUCGUGUGACAGUGGGCAUGGCUCCUACGCCCAGCAGCAGCACCACCACUUGACUUAUCAACAACAACAACAACAGCAACAUCAACAACAAACACCACUCAAUGAACCAUCGCCACCAGUUUACACGGCCGCCGAUUGUCGACUAUUGCAACAGAUUUCAAAUAAUGCCGUCACACGGAAUUUAAAUAGUCCCUGCCAGAGCACUAGCACACCACCCAGCACUCCCACACCACCACCACCAACACUACAACCACAUUCACAUCCACAACCACCAGCAUCAUCCAACAUGCAGGCACCACCACAGUUACCCACACCGCCUGCGCCUUAUUUGCAUAUGCGAAGCCAUCAGCAAUUGCAACAAAUACAACAACAAUUGGCAAUGCCACCACCACCGCCGCCUGUCUACACCACAAGCAGCCUGUACAAUCAUCAUCAUAGCAAUGCCAACAACAGGCACCUCAACCACAUGCAUGGUGGCCCGCCAAAUUUUAUGGAUAGCACCAAGUGUACCAUAUGUCCCAUGCCACCCAUGAAUCAAUAAAUCAAACUGUGCUGUUUUAACUACUAAAUGUUAAUUUAAUUAGUUCAUAUAUAUAGAUGCCAAAAUUUGUUAAUGGUUGUGGUUUCCAUAUCGCCAGCAAACACACACAUACGUCAUAUACAACAUAAACUUAUAUAUAUAAAUAUAUAUAUAUAUAUACAAGUGGCACAUAACAUUAAGAAGAUGUUGCCUUCACCCACCCAUACAACACACAUACAUGUUCAUAUCCCGUUUAUCAACGUUCGAAGACCCAUUUGUCACGUAUUCUUAGAUUAAGUGCAUAAAGUUUAGUUUUUGCUCUACGUUUAUGUUUCGUUUUAAGUGGCCUACAUUUAAAUUUAAUUUAGCACAAUUCUUUGUAAACAUUUUCCUCACCCAACAAAAAAGCUAAUGCAAAAAAAAAAAACAAAAAGUAUAAUUCACAAAGUUGUUGCCUUCUCAAAUGAAUGAAAUGAAAGAAACGUCUGCAGGCAGACCGAAACCAGCAGACUCAAUCAAAACAAAAAGAAUUUACAAUCAAAAACUCUUUUGAAGACUUUUAGUCGGCAUUUAAAAAAAAAAAAAAAAACAACAAAAAAAGACAAUUUCAAAAUUUUGCACAGCACAACAAGAAAAUAACAAGAACGAGUUGAGAUCUACUCACUCACUCGCUUGUAUUCCAUUUAUCUAUACUUAAGAUCUAUGUACAUGUUAGUUUUAUAUAUAAAUCAAUAUAUAUAUAUACAUAUAUGCAAUUUAAUGAAAAAACCUUCGCUCCAAUUCCAAAUAUUUAGUUCAUAAGCUGAGAGAUUUUUCGAAUAUUUUCCAAACGUUGAAUUUAUUAUUAUUUAAUCAACAGUAUAAAAAGACAAAUGCAAUCUAUGUAACUCAAGAAAAAAAAAGACAGAAACACGAAUGAUAGUACAAGAAUAUCGAAACCAACCAGAAUCAAUAACAAAAACAACCUAAAACCUGAGACUCGAAAUAAUAAUAAUAAUUUAUUGUAAACAUACUUCUCACACUUAAGGGACUCCAAUAUUUUUGUGUGUGUAUGUAUAUAUUUCAUUGCCUGUUGUAUACAUAUUAAUAUACAUUAUAUAUACGUACGACUUUAUACAAGAAAUCUCUAUAUAUACAUGGCCUAUAUACAAACCUGAACAAAGUGCAGUCCAAUAAGCCUAAUUUGUUGGAUGCAACAUUAAAAAAAAAACAACACAAAAAAUAGAAGAAUCAAAGAAAAUGCUAAAUGUUUAAUGUACAAUUGUGUAAUUUGUGCUCUUUUAUGUUUAAGAUACGAAACUUUUGCUUUUUAUGGCUUACAAUUAAAUUAAAUGUAAAUGAGAAUAAUGUUUGUGCUUUUUCGCUUGUAUUAACUUUUAAUUAAAAUUUAAAAUCU